AUGAAGUAGAAGGAAAUUAUAAAUCAUUAAAACUAUUUCAAAUUGAAAUGUAAUAUACCAGUGGAAAGAAAACUCUUACUUAAUAAUAGAAAGUUUAGUGAUUAAGUUGAAAUUGCAAUUAUCAAAUAAACACAAUAGAUAAAAAGAGACUCAUCACCUAAUCUGAAAAUUAAAGAAUCCCUUGGAUAUAAUUAUUUUAUUUUGAUUUAGUGGCCUAAAAGAUGGUUCUAUAUCAUAAAGUUUUUAAGUAAGUUAAUGUCUGGAUAACCAAAAAAAUUAAAGUAAACUAAUUUGAUGUGA